AUGAAAAAGAAUCUUUCCAACAAAACCCUGGAAAAUGCUAAACCUUUUAAGAUGGCUGAGGUUUUGGAAAAGGAUGAAAUCCCUUCUUCUUCGUCAGAAGAAGAAACAUUGCCAGUUCUUCCAAACGCUCCUUCUACUGAUGUUGUGUCUUCUGAUGCACAACAUCCUCCUCUUUCACUCCCUAAUUCUCCCUCCGCUCUUGCACUUCCAUCACUUGUUCUUGACAAUAAUCCACCUCCACUUGUUCCAAACCCCCCCUCCGACGCGAAUCCGGGCCAUCAACAAACUCUCACAACUCACCGUCAAGAAACUGUCGAGUCCAAGAAGAAGGGAAAGAAUCCUUUCAAAGAAGCCCUACAAGAUCCUACACCUUUCAGACUGAGCGAUUUUUCUAAGAAGAUGGGAGGAGCCCUGCAACACCCUCCACCAGUCAAGCUGACUGAUCUUUCCAAGAAGCAGGGAAAGAAUCCUCUCACACAAGCCCCGCAACACCCUCCACCAGUCAAGCUGACUGAUCUUUCCAAGAAGCAGGGAAAGAAUCCUCUCACACAAGCCCCGCAACACCCUCCACCAGUCAAGCUGACCGAUCUUUCCAAGAAGCAGGGAAAGAUUCCUCCACCAGUCAAGCUGACCGAUCUUUCCAAGAAGCAGGGAAAGAAUCCUCCACCAGUCAAGCUGACCGAUCUUUCCAAGAAGCAGGGAAAGAAUCCUCUCAAAGAAGCCAUGCAACACCCCAAGCUGACUGAUCUUUCGGGAAAAGAUCAAACCCCUGACAAUACAUUGCCACUUCUUCCUGCUGCUACUGAUGCACAACAUCCUUCUCGCCCAGUUGCUGUAAACCCCCCCUCCGAUAAUCUUGCCCAUCAACCUCCUGAGGAUACUGUUCCAGAUUUUGAUUCCGGUGCCGUGCCUGCCAACUGUAAUGACAAUCCACCUGUUGUGGCCCCCCCCUCAAAUGCUGAUGCCAACCUUGCAUCGCCGGGCCAUGAGGAUGCAGCUCCACUCCUUCAUUCUGAUGAUCCGCCCUGGGAUGAUGGGCCAGCGAACAAGAAGCCACGAAUAUAG